AACAGAACUUUUAAGCCCCAAAAGAUUGCCAUUGAGUGCUACUGCUUCCUUUGGAUACUUUUGGCGUCCCCCAAUCCAUUUUCGUUGAAUCAAUCCUGAGUGAUGGGUGAUCAAUCGAAGCAUUUGCCGGAAGAAUUUAAGCUUGAGAGGUUUCUGGCACGCUAUGAGUUCACAGCCCCCUACACACUUUGCUGCAGCGAUUCCCAGCCUCUGUCCCAAUCGGAGGUCCUCGCCUUAGCGGACGACGAGUGUCGGCGCAAGUGGGACCAGCUGUCGCUGGCAUACACAGAGCCAGAGGGGCUGCCAGAGCUGAGGGAGGAAGUGGCCAAGCUGUACAACGGCGUAUCUGCCAAGGACGUUCUUAUUAUGGGCCCCCAGGAGGCACUUUCCAUUGCCAUGCUGGCCAUGCUGCGGCCGGGGGAUCAUGUGGUCGUGACCUUCCCGGGUUACCAAUCGCUGUACCAGAUCGCGCACACCAUCGGCGCUGAGGUCAGCUUCUGGCACAUGCGCGCCGACGAGGAGGGCAGGCUCGUAUUCCAGAUGAGCGAGCUGAGGAAGCUGGUGCGGCCGACGACUCGCGCAGUGGUGGUCAAUUUUCCGCACAACCCGAGCGGCGCGCUGCUGAGCCUGGCCGACUGGGAGACACUGGUGGAGCAGUGCAGGGCGGCUGGGGCGUACCUCUUCUCAGAUGAAAUGUACAGGAUGCUGGAGCGUGAUCCAGGCGCGCGGCUGCCGGCGGCUGCGGAGUGCUACGAGCGCGGAGUCUCACUCUGCGGCAUGAGCAAGGCGCUCGGCAUGCCCGGCAUCCGCAUCGGAUGGCUCGCCACCCGAGACGCGUCGCUGCACCCGCUGAUUCAGCGUCUGCACGACUACUCAACCAUCUGCAACAGCGCGCCCAGCGAGGUGCUGGCGUUGAUUGGGCUGCGCGCACGAGAUUGGCUGAUUUCUGCGAAUCUGGAUCUGAUCGAGGCAAACCUGGGGGCAGCACGAGCAUUCUUUGCUCGCCACUCCGACACCUUCGAAUGGUACGAGCCAGCGGCCGGGUCUGUGGCGUUCCCUCGGCUGCGCACCGGAGAACCCGUGGACGAAUUCUGCGAGCGCCUCGUGCAGAAGUCAGGCGUGCUGCUGCUGCCUGCCACAGUGUACGAGCAUGCGCCAUCAGUGGCAGAGGGCCGGUUCAGGAUUGGGCUGGGGCGUUUGAACUUCAAGGAGUGCCUGAAGCACCUGGAGGACUUCCUGCAGAAGGAGAAGGAGAGUGCCUGAGAUGGAAACAGGCAAAACAACGAAAAUAAUCUGUCUUGGGAUCCAGAACAUUGUGUCAAGAGGACUUCUCAUUGAGCAAUAAUUAAAGCAGUGGGCUUGCCAAAGGAGGAGAAGAAAGCAUGAGAUGACAAAUUUCAUAAAAAUGGCAAGAGGGUAAUAUUCCACUGAGCAGCCAUGUGAUCGAUGGUGACGUGGACUGGUUUGUCUAUUUGGCAAGAGGUACACAGCGGUCAAAAUGAAGAUGUGAGAGUACUAUUUGCAAAUUGAGGAAGCUGCCUUAGAGAUGCAGUAUCCCGCUCUUUUCAAGAGCAGAAAAAUCAAAUAUAUUUGAGGAUGACAGAGUCAAUAAACUGCAGGUGGACUGCUGUGAAGGGUUCUGACGCUGCUGCAAGGAAUGAAUGGUGGGUUUGGAGAGAACCGUUAAUGAAGUCAUUUUGUCAAAAGAAUAAUCCUCACAAUCAUUUGAUAGGGUUGCUGUUAGAAUUAAUUGUUCAG